ACCCGAACUUUUCAUUUCCCCUUCAAAGCUUCAACAGUGGAAAUAAAUAAUAAAAAUAAAAAUAAACCAGGGAAGCGCCCACCGUUCACUAUCAAAACAAAACCAGCGAAGUUCUGGAGCCACGACCAGCGUCAAAGGUGUGGGAGCAAAGAAUUCCAUCAUCCCUCUUCUGGGUGGUUGCUUCUGUUUAUUCUGGUAAAUAUUAUGACGAGGAAGGUGGCUAGCAAUGGAUCUUAUGGAAAUGGUGUACAUAAUGAUCUAGAAGCUACUAUCUCUAGGGAUGACCGGUCAGUGAAGCAGUUCAAACCUGGGGAUAUUGCUUGGAUAAAAACUCGUAACUGUUGGUGGCCUGGUCAGGUUGUUCAUGAGGGAAGUGUAAGCUCCAGACCGAAGAAAAGAGUAAAAAAUGGAGUUCUGGUUCGUAUGUAUGGAUGUUACGAGUACUUGUACGUUGACCCGGUAAAAAACAAUACUGAGUUUGAGAAUAUGCUGAAGCAAGAAAAUCUUAGUAGAAGAGAAGCAUUUCAAAAGUCUGUGGAUAAGGAACUUUCUCGCCUGAGAUCUGGAAUGUAUAAGAGAAAAGCCUCCGAAUCAAGAGACACUGCAACAGUGGAUGACAAAAAAACAAAUAAACGGAAGCAAGACAAGAUGCAGGGAAUGGAAAAAGGAGAUAGCUCUUCCAAGACCAUGACCGGUGCACCUGGAGAUGACGCCUUGAAUCUCAGCGAAAGAAGGACACGAGUGAUGCAGAGUCUUGGCCUUCUUGCUCCAUCAGGGUCACCUUAUCGUAGAAAUGGAUUCGCUCUACAAUCUCCACUUAAGUAACUAUGUUCUAUUUGCUCAAACAAAAUUCAAGGGCACAUUGUCGUUAUAGAGUUUGCUCUGAAAGAGAUCUGGGGCUCGGAUAUUGUUUUCUUUUCUUUUUCUGAGAGCCCUCAGGGAAGUAAUUACAUGGUACUCCGAGCACCGGAAGCUAAUUUAGCUGCAUAGAGGUCACUAAAAUGCUUAGGAAACUAAUUUACAAUUUAUAGUUGUUUUUAAGUAAUAACACUUGAUAGUAGGAUUCUUGCCA